AUGUCUUUUUCCAAGCUGUCAACCGAGUUAGACACCAAGAUCUUGGAAUACCUACACGAUGACCGCCCAUCUCUCACCGCCAUGUCAAUGGUAUCCAAGUACUUCCGCCGCAUAACCGAGCCAAUCCUUUAUCGUGACCUCUGUUUCCCCGAAAUGACAACCAUCCAAAUGAAGCAACUCCUCACGAUAGUUCUAUUGCGACCACAGCUCGCAAAGCACGUCCGCAGUUUCACAAUGGUACCCAAGAGAAGGAACCCACUCGACCGCACCGACAACACUCCUUCAAAAGAGGAGAUGGAGGCAUGGAACAAUCUCCACCAAGCCAACUACCCCGCCCUCUUCGCGCUGUCCCAAAAGCUGAAAACCUUCCGCCUGAACCCCCAGUUCGUCCAAAUCUGGUUCAUUCACAUCUUAGACUGCGCUUUCUCACACUAUCUCGCCUCCCGCGACCCAUUUCUCGAUCCCUUCCUCGCUGUCUUCCUCAUCUUAACCACCAAUAUCGAAACCAUCAACUUGACCGCUACCUUGGGGGAAAGCUUACGGAAAUGUCGCGCAAUCCUCAGCAUUCCUUGGUCUGGUUAUCCUGUCGAUGGCACACAGCAGGAGAAGGAGCCCUUCAACAAAUUAUCAGACCUGUGUAUAGCAGAAGACAGUUUCUGGGAGAAUUUAUAUGACCGUUCAUUUGACGUCUCGAUCCCGAGCCGUGUAAAGCGCUUGCGGCUCCCAGGCUGGGACAUGAGCGCUCUCCAUAUGCAGGGUGAGACGAUGUUAGCGCUUCAGCAUCUGGAUUUGCGGCAUGUGACUGUUUCCCCUGCAGACCUGGUUCAGUGUUUGCGAACUGGCCAACUCGCUAAUCUCCGUCAUUUGAAUCUGGAUGGCGUAGAGGAGCGGGUUGAUCCCGCACACGGAGGACACCUUGAUAUCACUAUAUUGAGUAGGGGGUUAGCGCAGCACACCCCGUCACUAGAGGUGUUGGAGAUGCGAGAGACUGCUUAUUCAGUGGUUUAUUGCUUCAAUAUCGGGUCGCUGGUGGAACUGACGAGGUUGCAUACGCUGCGGAUUGAUAUCAUUCACCUUGUGCUUGCCGGUGGGUCGGGGUACGAUGAUCCAAUUGAUCCGCAUCGGAUUCUUCCGGCGUCGCUGCGGCAUCUGGAGCUUACGGAGUUACAGGCGGAGGAUGUUAAUCAGUAUUGCGAGGAGGCGGGGAACGACGAGAUACGACCGAAUCACACGCAGUUUAUCGUCAAUACUGUGCGGACGUUUUCGUUACUCGAGUCGUUGAGAAUUCACGUCUUUAUAUACGGUUAUAAUGCUCCUCAUCGCACUAUAUCCAAGGUCCUGUCAAAAGCGAGUGUGGAUCUGCUUCUUGGUCUUGAGAGGAAAGGAGGGGAAAGGGAGUUAGAGAUUGGAAUACAUUCUCUUCCUUGA